UGAAAUAACUACUUUCGGAAUCUUUAAUUUGAAUUGUAACGUGAUUCAUUCUCAUGUUUGUUUAUAUUUUUCGAAACUUUUGCAUCUGUGCGAUUUUUACUUAGUGAAUUUAUUUACAGAAGGAAAUAUACAGAAUCUAAUACAAUAUGCCACCGAAAGACACUGAAAUUUUACAAGCUCCUCAAAAACCUAACCCACGUAACAAUCCUACAAUGUUUAAAAUAUUUCAAAAUGUCCAAUACAACAUUGUUCAACAUAAAAAAUACGUGAAAGAGAUGAUUAAAUUGUACAAAAAGUUACCAGAAGAUGAGUUCCGUGAGAGCUUUAAGAAUGCUCUGCAAUAUCUAUUCACAUUUGGAGAUACUAGUGCCAAUGUAGACAGAGUUAUACAAUUUGUGGCCACAUUCUGCACUUCUCUUGAUGAUGAAGAGGAAUUCUUGUUAUUUAUAUUUGACAUUAUAUUUGAUUGUCAGUGUGUUUCUGGCCAAUCUGUGAGGUAUAGAGCAAGCCAGUUACUGGCAGCUGUACUGUCUGCUCUUGGAGAAGAUGCCUCCCUGGAUGAUGAUCUCUGUGACAAACUAUUGGCAUCACAGAUGCAACGCCUUCAAGAUACCCGUGGCGCAGUGAGAUGCCGUGCUGCACUAGCGCUGCAGCGACUGCAAAACCCCAUGGAACAAGAUGACGUGGUGACGCGCGGCUAUCGUUUCCAUAUGAGUUGCGAUCCGAGCUCCUCUGUUAGAAGGGCAGUGGUGAUGACCUUAGCGAAGUGCACGCGUAAUGUCCCAUACGUAUUGGAGCGACUGUGUGACGUGGACGAGGCUGUGAGGCGAGCUGCUUUCUUGCAUAUAGCUGGUAUUAAUGUCACUCAACUAAGAGUGAGGCAGCGAGUGUUGACUCUUAAGGUAGGACUCACAGAGCGUAGCCCGCGCGUGCGUCGUGUAGUGGAAGAGAUUGUUAUCCCUGGUUGGUUGGCAACAUUCAAGGGCAACAUUGUAGAUCUGCUGAAAGCAAUACGUCUGGAUAAUGCGCAAGAUGCUAAAGACUCACAGUAUGUCGCUGGGAAACUCUUGGAGUCUCUGUUCAAGAGGUUGCCAAUUUCGGAACUUCUGGAAUGGCUGCCAAUUGAUAAAAAUCUGCGGCUGAUACCUGCUGAGAAGUUGAAUAAAGAAACGGCUUGGUACUGGCGUCAUCUCGCCGAACACCUGCAGAAGAUCGAUGAUGACGAGACAUUGGAAAUUAUAUUACCCGAUUUGAUUGUACUCACGGGAUACAUAAGAGCUAUCGUGGAGUCCCCUUGCGAGGCUGAGAGUUCAUCCUCGACAUUGGACACCCGGCAAUAUGUACUACACGAGCUGGGCUGCAUGCUGCGAGUGUACGAUGCAAGUGAUCCCGCCGGCCGCACUGCAUUGCAAUCUCUCAUCACCGAUGUUCUCACUGGUGACUAUGGACCCUUAAAUUCAGAUGUUAUACGCGCGUUCGUAUCGGCUCUGGAGCUAGUGUUACCGGAAAUAUCACAACGUGUGGAAGUCAUCAAUGGUGUCAUAUCCGCUUUGCGCGAUCCUCCAGAAGUAGAACAGUCACCACCGCCACCUCCCGUGGACUGCGCGGAAGUUAAACUACAGAAAGCCAGGCUUCGUGUAUCUCUCAACGUAGCUAUAGAGGCACAGGAAGAGGCAGUCAGAGAACAAAACUACUCUCUCGCCGCAGAGUGCAAAGCUAAAGUAGAGGACAUACAGAAGAAACUAGAAGAAUUAACUGUACAAUCAACGCCGCCUCCUGCACCUAUACCGACAAUAAAGGAGAAGAUAUCAGAUACACAGACUCUUAACAAAUGCCUAACAAUACUUAAUUGUUCGCUUGAUACGCCGCAGCUCAAAACUGUCACGCCCAUGCUACAGAUCAUGUUCAAUGAGUUAGAGGUGGAGAUAUUUCAAAAUCCUGAUGUUUUAGAGAAUGCCCUCGAAACAGUAGCCCUCUUUGGAAUGUUGAAUAAAGAGUUUGCUAAAGAACAUAAAGCCUUCUUUUUUGCUAAUCUGAUAGACACAUCGAACGAGCCUGUGGUAUGUCACGUACUGCGCUGCAUAUGCGACUUGUUGUGUGUACACGGCGCUCGGCUGUUCGACGAAGACACGCCUCCCGCCCGCACUUCCCACACCACCAGACCCAGCAGUGGACUCUCUGACACCGGAGAUCACGACGGUGACUUAUCCGAGUCGGCCAUAUCACUGACACCUUCUCAUAGCACGGUCAUUGAACUGCUACUCAAAAUAAUGGAUAGCACGUGCGCGAACUACCGGCUUAUCAUAGUGGAAGGGCUCUGUCGGCUGCUACACCUCGGACACCUCGAAUCCCCAUCUAUACUCAGCAGAUUACUGUUACUGUGGUUCAAUCCUGCUACAGUUGAAGAAGAUAUGUUGAGGCAAACUAUAGGCGUUUUCUUUCAAACGUUCCCUGCUACGGUUGACGGCGCUCAAGAACAAAUACAGAAAGCUACAUUGCCUACGCUAAGAACUUUAGCCAACGCGCCAUCGAGCUCACCGCUAGCUGAAAUAGAUCAAGAAGCAGUAGUGCGUUUCCUUGUGUCACUCACUCGGGUUAAUCAUGAGUUAACGGACAGUCAGGGCGCCAUGGCGAUGGUGCUGUGUAACUACGUGGUGCGGAGGCCGACGUGCCCGGCGGCGGGGCUCGCGUGCCGCAUGUUGGCACUACUGGCUGCACCGCGCGACGCACUGCUUGCACAGGAGUUAGCCACGCGCUUGCGAGACCUUUGCCUCAAACUCCCGGACAAGCAGUCGUGCCGUAAUCUCACGCGGUACUUAGGAUCUCUAGAGGCUAUGGAACGCGCCAGUCUUAAUAAAAUCUCUAAUACAGGCAUCACUGAGGGCACAAUGCAAACUGAAGAUACUUUACUGCCAAUGGGACGAGCUACUUCUUCUUUACCACAACCUCUAGCGCGCAGUACGCAUGUUAUUAUAAAUGAAACAGUUGAGGAAGAAGUCGAGAUCGACGAGACCUCCCCUACAGAAGUUAUAUCGAGGAUUUCUGAAGAACUUCCACCGAGUACUACAAACAAUGCCAUCAACCCGUCGACGGAACUGCGUGCAGACAGCGAGGUGCAGGCAGGGACGACUGGCCCCAAAGUAAUUGCCGCUUCCGACGAAUCGGAUUCGAGUGGCGUAUCGCCCGUCAAGAAAGCAAAGAUCAAAGGAAAAAAGAAGAAGCUUUCUUUAAACAGACAGUCUGCUGAAGCCGAUAAUGUUAAUGCUAAAAAGGACAAAAAUAAAGUUGCAGUCAAAAAUAAAGAGAAAAUCAAAGAUGCCGAAAAGGGAGGCGUGAAAAGGAGUCGAUCACAACGAUCUGUAGUAGACGUUGAUAGAGCUCAAAAAGCCAAAGCAGAAGCUGCUCAAGCAAAAAAGACUACCCCAGAACAACAGUUAUCACCGCUCCUCCAGGAACUGGACAGUUCCAAUAUAACAAUUCGUAGAUCCACCCGAGGUAUGCAAUCCGGAUCAAGCCCAGACUCGAACUGUUCUAGCGGUAAAAAGAAGGAGAAGAAGAAGGCGGCAGCAAAGAAAACGACUCCCCCGUCGACGCGUGCCUCCACCAGUUCAAUGUCAACGCGCAGUAGUGUCGGUUCCAGGAGCUCGGUAGUCGAAGAUUCGGCAGACGAAACAGAACUCCACACCAUAGUUUACGAAAAAGAAAUGGUGCAAUCAUUACUGAACGAUUCAAGUGAAUUAGCGGAUAGUAGACGAACAUCUAAAGGGAAUGUUACUAUACCAGAAACCCCCGACGCUAGUGAAGGAUCUGAAUCUGAACCUGAAGUUAAUACUAAAGGAAAACGAGAUAAAAAGAAAAAGUAGGUUUAUUUUGUAUCGAUUUAAUAACUUAAGAUAAUAAAAGUAUUCUUAUAUUGUA